AUGGCGGAAGUUUCAGGACGUGCCUGUGCAUGCUCCGAGAAGAAACCCAAGUCAAAUCAAGAAAGACAAGUUUCCAAGCACGACACUGUAAGCGCAGGCACGUUGACGCAGCCUCAUAGCAUUCCUAUCUCCCUCAGUGGUGCUAGGUCACAGUCCCGAUCUCCCUUCAACACUGACAUGGCUACUGUUGUUCCGAAGUACACUGUGAGAAAGGCAACUCGAGCUGAUAUAGGAGCUAUUAAAACCCUGACUGAUGCAGAAGAGUGGGAAAUUCCAAAUGGCUUAUUGUAUUGCGUGUUUGAUAUGGAUUCAAGGGCUUGGGUUGUCGCAGAAUCGGAAACUGACGAAAUAAUCGGUUGCCGAGUCUUGGCGUAUUUUAACGAGGAGACAGCAGAAGGUGGCCUGUAUAUCGUAAGGAGGGACCUGAGAGGCAAAGGAAUCGGACGGGACGUGAACCGUGUUGGUCUCACUGCAGUCGGGGAGGCCAACAUCACCCUCUCCGCGAUCUCGGUCAGCCUUUACGACACCCAUGGCUUCACUUUCUACUAUGACGUAUACCAAAAACGUGGGCCAGCAGGAGCCAUACUGGGGGCAAUUCCUGAUGCAGAAGUGAGUCCAGAUAUCAGUAUUGUCCCCUUCGAAGGCUCCAUGUUUACUGAGUUGAAGGUAUACGACGACAAAGUAUGUGAAAGCGAGAGGGAUUACUUCCUCCAAAACUGGAUCAUCAGCCAUGCAAAACAUAUUCUUAUUGCUCGAUCUCAUACCGGGGUUGUCGUAGGAUAUGGAUGUUUAGGUGCCACAGAAUAUUGCAAUGAGAUUGCGCCUUUAUAUGCUGAUAGUGACAUCAUCGCGUGGGCACUCUUGAAAAGACUCUUGCAACACCUAAAUCCAAAGGACAGCGUUCAUAUCUUUAUCACAUCAGAAAACAAAGCAAUGAUGGGGAUUAUAGGCAAACUUUUUUUAAAAGAUGUGAAUUUGAUCCAUAAAAUGUACACUAAAAAGAGAGUACCCCAAACCCUUGAGCGGGUGUAUUCCCUGUCAGCCCUACCAUUUUCCACUGUCUGA